AUGUAUCGGCCUCAGCAUGAAGUUGCCACAUCAGAUUUGCAGACCAUUCAAAGCGCCAUAGAUCAAUACACACUGCUGACCUGUAUACGCUUCGUACCUCGAACCAAUGAAACGUACUACGUAUCAAUCUGGAACAAUCAAACUGGAUGCCACUCGUACGUUGGAUUCAACGCCGACAACAGCUACCAUCAGGUCAAUCUGCAGUCGCCAGGAUGUACCACUUUCAUCGGAACCCCAGUGCACGAGCUAAUGCACUCUUUGGGAGCAUUCCACGAGUUUACACGAGCAGAUCGUGACAGCUACAUUACCAUCAACCGUUCAGCCCUACAACCGCAGUAUCAAACAGAUGAUUUCUACAAUUCAAACUUUCAAAUAACGCCGCCUCAGUACGUGUCGACGUAUUCUACCCCGUACAAUUACAACUCGGUGAUGCACUACUCUCGGUAUGCCGGAGCUGCGAAUCCCGCGACGCCUGUGAUGUCCCCGAAGAAGCUGUGGUUCACCGAUUUUGGAAACAAUUUUGGCUUGACGAGCACCGAUGUCCAGCUGAUUCGAGCCAUGUAUUGCCCCUUGGGGUAG